AAAUCAACAACACGCACAACAUGCAGUAAUAACGACGCACUCAUUUACAACUUUAUCCAAAUUUACAACGUUUUCACAUAGUAUUUACCACCGCUCUUUUUGAGCAAUCGCAUUCAUCAUGCCACGACAUACAUUCUUAGACAGUAUCCUUAACAGGCCUUCACAGAAUUAUGCUCCGCCUGCAGAUGUAAAUGGAAAUGCAGGUAAAUCUGUCCGAGGACAAAAAUGGCAAGCACCUUCCGACCUUCCCAACGCUCCAGGUUCUUCUGCGCAAACGUCAAUGCUAGGCGGAUCGUUGUUCAAACGAAGCAGUAAAGCCAACCUGAGUCAAUAUGGAGGAUCAGAAGCAGGUGCAUCAACCUCUACCCUAGGCUUCAAAUCUCGCUUUGGCAGAAAGAAAAACAGACAAUCCGUCGUAGGAGAUUCGAGUGUGUUUAGCAAUGGAACAGCUCCAGCAGGUUAUUAUCCUUCUAUCAAUGGAGGUCUCAAUUACGCUGCUGCCCCUCCUUCAGUUGCUGAUAGUCAAGCAACUGCCACAAAGAAGAAACGAUGGUGGGAAGCAGGUAGCUUGGGAAUAGGAAGAAGGAGUAGAGCAGGUAGUAUCGCUGGUGAGAGUAUAUUCUCGGAGCCUGAACCGGCACCAGGUCAAGUUCCUUGGAAUUCACAUGGUCUGGCUGGUGUAGGAUCAGGAGCAAAGCCCAGACGGGUGACUCAGAGUGAUUAUGGAACAUCUCCAAGAGCAUAUGGCGGAUCCGCACCUCCACCAAUGCCAGCAAAUGCUGCUUUGAAUGCUGCAAGACAAGGAAGUCCUGCUCGCCAAGGAAGGCUGCAAUCGGAUGUAGCUCCUUUGGGAGUGAGUAAGCUCAAUCCAACAUUGCAGCCGAAGUCGUCCAAGUCCAAGCUCACUAAUGCAGCUUCUAGUCAAGAUCUAAAGAGAGAGCCAAGCUCUACUAGCAUUCGAUCUCGUGCAACGUCUCCUCCUCCUCAAUCCCGAGUCAUGUCACCCACUCCUCAGUCCCGAAUCAGCUCACCGCCUCCUCAAUCUCGGAUGAUGUCACCACCGCCUCAAAUCUCUCGAAUGCCAGGUGCUUUGGCAAGCAGUCCACACGUACGAAGGCUUUCACAGGAUGGAAACAAUAAACAAUCCGAAGGAGCGGAUUGGAAAGAUUUCAUGAAGAGUAUGUCAGGAACAGAAAUAUCAAAAGCAUGGGAAGGUGUACGAGAUGCGCCAAGCAUGACAGAAACAGCGGCCAAAGGGACCGGAAAUGCGAACUUGGAAAGAAGAAAGAGUCAUUAUGAACGUUUGAAGAAAGAAUUACAAGAGGAUGCUCAAUUUGAACAAAACUUGCGCGAUCCAGGAUUGAAAAAUCAAGAUUUGAUUGCACGCGCUGCUAGUCAAGUCGUUGGAAGUCCUCCUCCUGGUCAAGAAGGCGCUGAUUAUGUUACUUCAUGGCAACCUGGAACAAUUGUUGGGGCUGCACCACAAUCUGCAGAUACAUCCGCAUCCCAAAGUCCACAAUUGACACAAAAUGGAUACCCUCAGAUCGACUCGCGUAUGCAUGAUGCUCAACAAGGAGAUCCAGCGUCGAAUGCUAGCCACAGGGAGCAGCGGGAAGCUGUGCAACAGAAGGAGGACCCGGCAGCUUCUUCCGAUGAAAGCGAAGAAGAGGAUGAAUCGGAGGAAUCAUCAUCGGAUGAAGAAGAAAUACGCAGGCAAAGAAUGCUGGAAGUUGUUCGUGAAGAAGAUGAGGAUGGAAGUAGUGUCGGAUCGCCCUCUUCAAGACGAUCAAGCAAAGUUUAUAUUGCUCCUACUCCCGUUGUAGCUGCUGCACCUAGCUCGGCAACACGUGAAGCGCCAAAGUAUCGGGCAUUCGAAUCAGCUUUGAACAAAGCACGUUAUAGCACCUCUAGUCCUCCGGUGCCGGUAUUGAUUGGCAGUACAUCUACGUCUCGUAAUCAUUCGUUAAAGUCUACAUCUGUUGCCGAAUCAAGGCAAUCAGAUGAUGCACAACAGUCGAUUCUGUCGGAGGACGCUCCCGUUAUCCCGAGCGUACAGGUUAGCGAACCAAAGAGUGAACAUACUCCUUCGCCGAUGCACAAAGACCGGAAAGAUUUAGAGAAGCUAGAUACCACUGGAACUUCAGCUAUGGUGAAUUCUUCCGAUCACAGUAGUAGCAGCACAGACAGUGAAGCCUUCGUGGAUGCCCUUUCCCCUGGAGCUGAUGAAGCGAACAAGCAAAUUCUUCCGCCAUCAAAUCAAGACAAACCAACACCUCCAACACCCACUGCAUCGAUCUAUGAAGAAAAGAUUCCGGCAAAGCCUCUAGAAGACACUGAAAAAACCGAAGAGCUCAAUGAAAGCGAUGAUGCAAAGUCAGUUGGCAGUCAACAAACUGGACGUGCUACAGUCACUUUCGAUCAAAAGACGAAAAAGGUCGAUGGUGAUGAUGCUAAAUCUAUGCGAUCUUCUCGUCCAGGUACGUUGCAAAGACGUUUGAGCGAUUUGAGCUUGGGUACUUCCUUUGGUGCAAGCAAUAUCAUGCGAAUUGGCGCACAAUCACGUUCUUCUUCUUCAAGACGAGUCAAGAUGUCUGAUGAUGAUGAAGAUUCAAACGGGUCAAAAUCAGAUGAUGAAGCUGAUGAAGAAUUACGUGCAAGAAUAAAGGCUGAACAAGAACGAUUACGAAAUAUGAAAGUAGGCGAAGAUUUCUUUGGAGAAUCACUUUCUGGUAUUUUGGAAAAAUUCGAUUCUGCCGAUUGGGAUGCCAAUCUUGCUCCGACUGUUGGUCAGCUUGGACUUGAUAUUGGCACUCAUCCGGAUACUAAACGCAAUUCGAUCACUGCUCAAGACGUACUCUCAAUCAACGCUCAAGAACGAAUCAAUGAAGUUCGAAGGUUACGUGCUGAAGGUGAUUCGCCAAGCAAAGGUGUGCCAGAUUCUAGUGAUGCUCGUACUGUUGAGAGUGGUAUAGCACCAAGCUUCGCCGCUCUUUGGUUGUUAAACCAAGCUGGGGACAAUCAUAGUGUUCGAUCAAAGAAAGAUAAGAAGGUAAAUGAAGUCUCUUCUCCCGCAACGAUCACAAAAGAAAUUAAAGCAGCGCCUACGCAUAAUAGACAACUUUCUUCUGCUUCAACGGAAGAUGGCACCCCAGUUUCAGCUCAUGGCGAAUCUAAAUUACGAUCUCUGUUCAGUGGAGUAAGCCUCGCAGGCUCCAGCAGUACAACAAACGUGAAUGGUCAACUAGAGAAGAAGGGUAGCGUUUUAGAUCGACCCAGGCAGCGUGGUCCUAAGCCACGAGAGAUGGGUGGUGUAUCUAUCGCUCGAGGCAAGCUCUUACCUGAUGCAAAAGAAAAGAUUGAAGAAGUAGAAGAUGUGCGUUCUACUCUUGACCAUAUUUGGACACCACCUGGUGCAAAAGCUGUUGUGAAGAAGGGUAAAGAACCACAAGCGAGCAGUUCAGCAAAGGGUUCAUCCUCGGAGAUUUCUUUAUCUCCACCUUCUUCACCACCAAUGAAGGCUGAACCGGCCGCAAAGGUCACAGCAAGUAAGGAUAAACCAGCACCAGCCAAAUCUGCCAUCAAGGGAAGCAAAGCUGAGCCAAAAUCUUUGGCUGAUACCUUAUUCUCAUUCCAAAAGGAUAAGACAAAGAAAGCAAAGAAUGUCAAACAAACCGUCAAAGAGUCAAAUGAUGUCGAGAAGGUGAAGAUUGCAAAGCAAGAACCUGUAGAGAGCAAGGUUGAAGAGCCCGUGGUGCGGAAAUCAGUUGAUACAGCUUCCAAUGCAUCAGACAUCUCAGAGCGGGCCAACAUGCAAUCUCCUGAAUUGCAAAGGCCGUCAAAUCCAGCCCCAGAAAGUGAUGAGAGCACGGAUGAUGAGCAAUCUGUGCAGGCCAAUGGCAAUGCCCAAAUUGCUAAUGAGGUUCAUGAUGCACCCAAUGCUAGAAGUCCACCACUUGGAUCAGAAUUGUGGUCAGGCGAGAGCGCUGCAAGUACUGGACCUGCUACUCCAGGCGCUUCUGAUUUCUUGGAAAAGAAUAUUGGUAUUAUGCAACCCAGAACUGAAGCAUAUGGCGAGCCGACUCUCGCAACCUCACCACAGGACAAAAAGCUUCCUUUGCCACCAGUGCCAUCUUUUGAUACACACGAUGCGAAUGGAAUUCAUCCAGAUAACGAUUUGACUCCAGCCGCUAUUACACAUGGAGAGCCUGCAUAUGAUGAUAACAACAAGACUCCUCGGAAUGAGAAGCAACAACCAUCGUUUGGAGUAGAUUUGAUCCCACCAACGCCACCAGCGGUUGAGAGUAAUCAUCAUAUCAAAUCAUCAAUGGUCCGUACGCCUCCAACGUUGGCAGAAGAGACGGAUGAUCCAAUUAAUACAAUGGAUGCAUCUGUUGGCCUGCAAAGAUCUUUAAGUUCGCGAUCCAAAGGUAGCAUUGGUAAAAAGUCAUCUAGCAAGAGAAAUAGUGCCAAUUCGACGACAUUUACUGAAUAUCAAGGUAGAGGUUUAAGCUUGCCACCUGGCUUGGUUGCGACAACAGUUGCCACAUCCGCCCAACGCCGUCACCCGUCAAUUUCUGAAAAAGUCCAAGAGGACACGCCAGACUCGACUGUGAAAGGACGAAAGAGUAAAAGCAAAAAAGCAGCCGGAAAAGCAAAAGCUAAUGAAGCUGAAGCGGAACCAAUGCCAGCUUUGUCAAAUGUUUACAUGGAUCAUACCAAUCAUGCUGUCCCGCCUCGAUCUGCAUCGAUGCAGCCGUCGCUUUCAGAAGGCUUGGCAUCAUUGGCUUUGCCUGCCACCAAUCACAGCGAUGCAGGCUCAUCGUCUCGAGGCUCUGAUUCUUUACCGGCAAAUUCGCGAUCUGUCUCUCCUUCUCCAUCUCCGGCAGUGAGUGUGUCAGGACGAUCUGGACGUUCGUCGGCCGUUUCAUCAUCGGCCUUAUCUUCUUCUGCUGCUUCUGAGGCUUCCUCAUCUCGCGGAGCUGCCAAGCAUGUACCUCCUCCGGUGCCAAGGAAGAUCAGAACAGUCAGCGCUUCGCAAAAUGGUCAUGCUCGUACGUCAUUGAUGUCUGCUAUCAGUGAAUGGGAGAAUAGUCCGAUCGAUCAAGACAGAACAAGCCCUGCACUCCCAUCUGCGCCUGGUUCUGGAUAUGCAUCUCCUGUCAGUCACAUGCCGGUCGGAGCUUCUUCAUCGGGAUAUGCAUCGCCUAUUUAUCAAGCACAAUCUUAUGCCACUAGAAGUCAAAGCAGUGUUCAUUCUGGUCCUUUGCCUUCGGUGAUCAGAAAUGCUCCAAUCGGCGCAGCAACUGAUACAUUCUUACACCCAAACCCAGGUGCUUCACGAAGACUGGGCGUCCCCGUGAGUGAAAGCUUGGAUGGCACCAAUAAUUGGGGCGGAAGUGGUUAUAUGGGCGAAGAAUCUCAAGUUUCGUUAGGAAUGCAAUCACAACAUAGCACUGCAAGCUUACCGGCAGUUCCGCAGAGCUCUUAUAGAGCCCGCGAUCCAGUCAAAUCUUCCAAUGCGAUCGAUGAUCGUUUGUACGCCAAGACAACGAUGAACACUAUUUCUAUUACCAGUGGUGCCUUCCGUAAUUCGAAGAGCUUACGUAGAAAACGAUCUUCUGUGGACGUGACUGCUACGGCCGAUCAUCAAUCACGUCGCGGUUCAAUUGACUCUACUAGACAAGAAGGCACGCUCGUUGAAGAAUUGCAAAAGACUACAAUGUCACUCACUUCACAUACACCUCCUCCCAGAAAGCUUGGAUCAACGCAAUUGCUCGUCCAGAUGAUCGCAUGUUCGAUUGACGAAAUGGACAGAUUGCUUUUACGUGAAAAGGUCCGAAGUGAAAAUGCGUUUGGAUUCAUUCCUGGACGCAGCUUUUGUGGCCGAGUGAUGGAAACAGGAUGGGAAGUAAAGAGGAUGCGAAUGGGCGAUAUCGUUUUCGGAUUACAAAGUAGUCGUAAAUGCGGAGCACUUGCCGAAUUUAUGACGAUCGAAGAAGAUCUUACGGCAAAAGCACCGGAAGAUUGUUUAACGAUGGAACAAAUUGCCGCUUUACCUUCUGUUGGAGUGAUGGCACAUCAAUUGAUGACGAAUCAUUGUUCGCAAUUAAAACGUGGUUCGCGCGUUUUGAUCUUGAAUGCACAUGAUGGAGUUGGUUUAUUGACUAUGCAAGAAUGUGCAACGCUUGGAUUGAUCAUCGUUGCUCAUUGUCCUAAUCAAGUGACUGAUGGAGUUGCCAUCUGUGAAGCAAAUGGAGCGCAUGAAGUGAUUAUCGGUGAGCCACUUUGGGCUCUGAACACUUUGCACGAAUCAAGCUUCGAUUUGGUUGUGGAUACCGUUGGCGGUAGACGUGUUUACGAUGCUGCUCGUAGAAUUUUGGCUUAUGAAGGGCAAUUCUGCACAUGCUUUGGAGAUUUGCAAUCAAUCGUCGGCAAUCCAAACUUGAAGUCACAUUUACGUUCACUCAGACGAUCGUUCUUCAAGAAGGAUACCAAACAUAUCGGAUACGAAUGGGUUGGAACGGAUACUUCAGAAGAUUGCCGGGAGGCACUGGAAGCGGUACGAAAAGCAGCCGAAGAAGGUCUUGUUUGUCCAAGAUUGAAGAGUGUUUUGGCUUUUGGAGAAGCCCCACGUGCAUUUGAGAAUACGUUGAAAGGUAUUGAAGAAGAACCUGGAGCAGUUGUUGUUCGUAUUUCAUAGUUUUGCUCCCUUUAUGGACGCUGCCUUUCACCUUUUAUUUUAUUGGAUUUAACAUUUGCUCAAAAAAUUCGCAUCUUUAUUGCGAUUCUAUCAUUUUUACGUACAACUUUUCAUAAUUAUUCAUUCAUUCAAGGGGAAUUUCACUUAAUGUCAUCUUAUU